GAUAAAAUUUAUACUCUCUUAAAUUAGCAAGAAUGCGUCCAGGUAAAAGAACCGCCCGGUACCGUAGAGGGCGUGGCCGGGCACAACUCAUUUCCAGAACUUGCCCUCGUGUAAUAUUGAGUCCUCUUCGCACUACACCGGAAGAUUUACGUCCACUAAACAACUCUAUUUUCUGCUCGAGUGAUGACGAAACUUUUGAAUUUGAAGGUUUUGAUUCUAUAACUUUUAAGCCAGAGGCAAGUGUAACAAACGCUUCUUGUCAGGCUCCGAGUUUGCCGAUGAACAAAAGCUCGAUGGAAGAGUUUGACAGUUUGCCAUCAGAAAUUAGUAACGAGUUUACUCCUCCAGGGAGUCCUUCAUCGAUGAAGUCAACGGUUAACGCUAAUAAUGUGCCAGUGUCUCCUGGAAAAAGUUGGGAAGCAGUUUUCGGCAAGAACUCGCAACUAAUAAGUGCAAAUGCAACAGCUCUCUUUCCGUCGACUAACCUCUUAGAAGAGAAGUCGACUAUGCCAAGCAAUCCAGGUGAUGACUCGAGCGUGAGUAGAUUCAAAGGUAACUCAAAUUCUGUGUAUGAAGUUGAAGCUGAUGAAGUUCUCGCUAAUACGAGCUCAUCCAUUCCAAUGGAGAAUCGUGGUGCAACCGUAUUAAGUGAUAAUGAGAGAAGUGCUGAACAUUCAAGAAAAUUAAAUACAUUAUUUCAAGAAGUUCCGAAGAAACAUAAACCCGAGUUCAUUGCAUCUAAAUCAGCGCGUCUGCCAGUGGUUUCACCAACUCCUUCUUUUACGAACACGAAGUCCCUCAAUGCCACCACGAACACUCCUCCCCUGAAGCGCCAUCGACUUGCUCUCAAGUUCCGUGCAAAACCAGAACCUUUCGUCAUGGACGAAGGCUACCUGCGUGAUCUCAAGUACCUGGAGUCUUUGCGUCCAAAGAACAUGAGCGAAGAACGAAAUCUGCUGCAUAAGCUGAACAUCGUGUAUGAACGCCUGGGCUCUGACAAGUUCCCUCGCCUCCUGCACAGUUUCAGGCGCAAGCUGAUAGUUCGCCAAGAACAACGGGAUUGUGGCUUGCGAGUCUUCGAUAUUGAGGAGGCAGAAAAUGCUGUGCUCAAUCAUCUUAGCCAGGCACCAAGAACUUUAGCAACAAAUUCUUUGUAUUAGCAGUAUGAUAGUGUGAAAGUGAUAUUUUGUUGUACCAUGUCGCUUAUUUUAUAUUUUUUUUUUCAAGUGCCGAUUCGUUAAGACAGAAUAGAUUGGAUCUAUUCAAGUUGCCAACGUUGGGGCGAAAACAUUAAUUUCGAGAAGAUAUUUCACUGAUGACACCAGUAAAAGACCCAACUAUG